AUGUGAUUGUGAUCAUUCGUUCGUGCUACAAAGUGCCUUAAAGUGUUUGUUCUUCGUCGAGCGAAUGAGUCAUAACGUGGCCACGAAUGUUGUCCAAAUGAACCUCGAUUCAGAAACGCAUACCAGCAGCGCUUCUGAUUGCAUGAAGACCGGUACAUCAUCAAACGUGAUAAGAAUGAUUGUGUCACCGAUCCGGAUGUCCGGAUGAGACUUGAUCGUGGAGCGGCAUGAGGCGCCUUAGAUUGCAUAAGAUAAAGUCUUCCGAUAAGUUUGUGUGCUGUUUGAACAUUUAUCGCACCCUCGAGUGCGAUAACAAAAUUCGAUUGCAAUCGACAAAACUGGUGCCUGUACGAUGGAUAUACUGUAUUUGUGAAACGCUUAACAACAGCAUGUCCGAUCAUUAAAAUACAUGGUCGCGAAACUUUUUUGCAUUCAGUAUCAUAUAAAUGAUGGUUAGCCACGCUCGAUGCUAUUCUGUGAAGACUUGUGAUGAUCACUGUUGGUUACAAAUGGCAAAGUUUGAACAUUUUAAAAUGAUUAAUUGAUUGAGAACUAGAAUUGCUAGAGCGAUAUUAGGAUUUCGUAAUCGUGCAGUGUGUGAUAUAAAAAGAGCAACGGAUAUAAAAAGCUGAAUUGUCUUCCUGGAGUCUAAUUCCUCCUGUCGCAAAGAAACCAUCACAAAUUGUCUUUAUUGCUGUUAAAAUCGGUGCUUCAAAUGGCAAAUACAAAAGGCAAUUCAAAUCGAAGUGUUGAUGGCACAAAGAAGAAGGAGGAUGUAGAUGCCCUCAAUUUAACUGGCCUCAAACAUCAACUUCAUGGUGCAUCUUAUCAAUUAAAGCUUGGAAUUGUUGUUAGUCUUGCAAAAAUCGAAAAGUUAAAGGAACCAUCGAACGACUUCAGCUUCACAGUCUUGGCAGAGGGCCGAGAGGACUCCAAAGGGGAAAAUCGAGAUCGAGCAGUCGAUAAGUUCGAUGACAUCGUGUACAAGUUCCAGGAUGGCGCCACAACAGGAACUCUCAAGAUUCAAGCGAAACACAAGCUAAUUGAUCGAUCGAUCGACAGCAUUACAGAAUCCCCCAAGGUUACUCUGAGCGAUUUCAUACCUCACAAACAAGAAAAUGUAAAGCAAAGAGCAAAUGAAAAGCAAAACUCAAAGGAAAAGCAAAGAGGAAAUGAAAGUAAAAAGAAAAAACAAAAAGAAACGUUUGCUAUUGAUGAGUAUUAUGGCUCAUUCAAAGACCAGCAACAGCACGAUAAACAACAACGCACAACAGCUGAUAUUGCAGGUUAUAUUCUGAGCACCAACGCGAUUUUAGAUGACAACGCGAAAGUAUUGUGGACCCCAAUAGAUGCAACUGUUAUCGGUGAUUCAACGACGUCAUUGAAUUUCUAUAUUUCGACAAUAUUCGGUAAGACUGGAGGUAAAUGCUAUAAACUGGAAACUCAUUACAAACGUGCUGCGUUAGCAAGGCUAUUAAUCAAUGCCACCAAAUCAAUUGAUGGAAUUGUAACCUGGCAAAAACCGCUUAUCAAUGAGUAUCUUGGAGCAAUCAAGACUAUAAUAGUUAAGAAAAACAAUCCAGGGCCAGAUUGUGUAUGGGAAUUUAGGGAUAGUUUUCUGCAUUCAAACUACUCCAACUCAAGUCCAGGCUAUGAGGCAUUCAGAAAGGAGUUUGAAGACCAAUACCUGCAAGAAUUCAAGUUCGAAGGUACUGUAUGGGAGCAUUUGAAAAAGAACAAUAAGAUAUAUGUAUCGAAAAACUUUUUGUCGGACCAAAACAAUUUAGAAUCAUCCUCAUCAAUUAGUUCUGCAAUAUUCCCCGAUGAUAAUGUUGAUGAAUCGCUUAAAUUGUUCUGUGAACGAUUCAGUUUGGUGUGUGGCACCUACAAUGAGCAAGGAUUAGAUGAAGUAAUAACAACACUUUGGAGAGAGUUGUACUUUGAUGAUGGUCACUUAGCUGUUGAUCGAUGGAAGGGGUGUCUUGAGGGUAAGGUCGCUACCGACAAUCUGAUUAAAAGGUUUUUUGAUUGGAUGGCUGAUCCACGUGCCAAAAUUUUACAUUCAGAUGACAUAAAAAAAGACCUGGAAAAUAUUGAGAGCACACUAGCGUAUAUCAAGUUGAAAGGUGCUUCUGAAAAGCUCCGUAAGAAAGUAGCCUCGUUACCAUUUCGAAUCAGCCACGACGCUCUUAAAAGUUCCGAAUUGUAUGAUCGGAUUGAAACUGAAAGCUACUUUGAAGUGGAGACGUACGAUGUCCAGUUUGCUGCUGUGGUACUAUUAGAAAUAUUAGUGCUACAGCAUGAAGAUCGUGUUUGUACUCUAUUGGUUGAAGAUACGGAUUUCACCAGCAAUGCAGACACAGUAGAAAAGACGCUUCGUUUUAUCGAGGACCCAAUCUUUAUGAUCAUUAUCUGCAAUGAUGCGAUGAAAUCAGUUCAGAGUAUCGUACGAAAAUGGAAAAAAGAUAUCCUAAAGACCACUGCAAAACAAGUGUUUCUAAUUAGGAAAACAAGUAACACUCCAACCGAUUUUAGUAACUUUCGCCUUAGCGACUUAACAAAUGACUCGUGGAAACAGUUUCUCAGUGAAAACAUUUCGUUAUGUGGAACAACCAUUGCUGCAGAUAAGUUAUUUCGGAAUAAAUUCCAAAUUGAUUCAAUUGAAGAAGUAAUUAAACUAUUAGACGAUGGAAAUCAAAUAGCAGAAAACAACGAAAUAGUGAAAAACUAUCGAGAAAUUAAAGAUACUUAUGUUCAUCGCUGUUGGAUUGAUCAGCAGAUAAAUGUAAAGGCAGAAAAUGUGGAUUGGUCGAGUCGUGGAGAAAUGUAUGACAUUUUUGAAAACAUAAGCAACACGAAGCAGGAAGAAAUCAGCUUUGCGGAAAUAACAAAACGCAUAAAGGAAGAUCUGAGUUUGCUAAGGAUUUUUGCCGGGCUAAACCCAACAAAUUUAAAUAACCCAGCGAAUGAGCUUAAACCAAUUGAUGCCGAGGACACAAAAAAGGUGUUGAUACUGUUAGCAGAAGCGGGAGGCGGGAAGACAACCAAUCUUACGUGGCUGGCCAGGCAUUUGCAGAAACAAAAUCCUUCAUCAUGGAUUGUGCGCUGUAACCUAUCCGAUCAUUGCACCGACUUCAAAGAUUACAUGCGGUUCUCAGAGAAAAGUACUGGAACGGUCACAAAUGAAAUUGAAGCUAUGCGAAUGUUAUAUAAGUUGGUUCAUUUAACGCUUCAAAAUGAGCGGGAAAAUGCUCAGAAUUGUUCGAACUGUUUAGUUCUUUCAGGUGAAAAAGUUAGUGUAAGCGAAGAGUUGGUGAAACAUCACGGUUUAUCUUUGAGCAGUAUGAUCCAGCUACAGGUGUUCAAAGAAAAGUUUAAUGCAGGUGAAUUGGUGUUGCUGCUGGACGGGUUCGAUGAAAUCGCGCCAGAUUAUAAGGAGGUGGUCCUGAAGCUUCUCUCUUUAUUUGAACAAUUCGAUGGAGUGAACAAAUUAUACCUCACCAGCCGUCCUUACAGUUUCAAAAGACAAUUCGAAGAAGCAUUCGUUAAGCCAGUAUUUUAUCAAUUAAAACCUCUUAGGUUGUGUGAUAAAGUUUCUAUUCUGUAUAAGAUGAUGAAGGUAAAAUGGCGUUAUGGGAACAUUGACGAUAAAGAAAUAUCUGAUUUUUAUAAAUCGCUGUGUUUUAUGCUACUUUAUCAUUUGGGUGAUAUGAGUGAUAUCCCGUUGAACCUAAUGAUGUCAAUAGAUAUUCUUGGGAAUCAUUUUUAUCAUAACCAAAGCAGACACAUACACUUUCCUUUAAAAACAUGCAAUAUAAAGUUGUUUGAGCCGUUCAUAGGACGAUCGUACAUAUCAAAGGCAUCUGUUACUGUGGAAGAAUUUUUGAAGAUUAAGAUUCGACAGCUUCUCUAUGACAAAAAUGGCGCAGAUAAAAUUGUAGCAGAUAAACCUUCUGAAAUACCAAAAAUAGAGAAGGCCAUAGAUGAGGCAAAAAUGCUCCAUGGACUGGUAGCACUGAGGGUGUUAUUUGACAAAAGUGUACUUGCCGAUAACUUAUCAGCAAAUGAAAUGAGUGAGGCAGAGCAUUACACGAAGAAAAUAUCCGACGGCAGCGAAAAAACUGGAAUCAUUCAUGGCAUACGCAAUGAUGUUCCAAUGUUUAUUCAUCGAACAUUCGCUGAAUAUUUGGCUGCCUGGUGGAUUGUCAAGCGACGAAUAGAAGUCACUCAACCUGGUUCAAAGUUGUUAUCGUUAACUCUACGAAGUAGGCAGCAAUAUUCCAAACUCUCAACUCAACAACAACACCUAUUAGACAUAACUGGCUCAAAGUCGUUCUUGGUAGAAAAUGGGCUAAUGGAUUAUAUUGAUGUAAUUCUAGCCAAACACUGUCCUCUUCAUUUAGCCAUCAUUGAGAAUGAUUGGAAAAAGGUUAAAUUGUUAUUUACCAAUGAACCGGAGCAUUUCAACAAGAAAGAUGGUGGAAAUCGUACUUAUUUACAUCUUUGGGUACGUUAUGGGGAUUUACAUAACGGGCCUUGCAUUUUCAACAAUUUAUUUAGAUCCAACAUUAUAAACAUAAAAGAUAAUUUGAUGGGAUGGACUGCCUUGGAUUAUGCAUUCUACAGAGAGAAUCGAGCAUUGAUAUUUUAUUUGUUGCACCAUGGGGCCUCAAUAAAUGUAGAUGUGCUUUACAGGCAGGUAAUUUUAUCGCAACAUGCUGAAGUUUGUUCAGCAGUGAGAUAUGCAAAUUAUAUAAUGAAAUUUUUAAGCCUUGAGGCAAUCGAGUACGAGUCACAUGAUGCGUGCAAAAAGAUGAAACAAUUUUGUGGUAGGGUGGCCAAGUCGUUGGUCAAUGUAAUGCCUAAAUAUUUCCCACGUACCAUCGAUUAUCAUAACAACAAUAGGGAUUACCUCGUUAAUUUCUUUGAUAAAGGAAGCUUGAGCUUAAAUUACAUUUUCUUUGAAGACUCUCCAAGGAUGCUGGAAAGUAUAAUUCAACACGUUAAUCAAGAAGAAUUCUUUCAAAUGUUCAAACACAUAGCUUUAUUGAAUGGGUGGAAAUGGGAAAGACAGGUUUUCUUAUUAAAAUAUUUUGCCGAAAAGGAGCCAUCCUUGUUAGACAAAAAAAAGCUUUGGAUGUGCAUAGAAACCACUGUCCAAAUGGAUUACAAAAACGAAUUCAAGUUUUUUUUUGAUCUCUACUGUUCUCGAUUUGAGAUCGAACAUUUCAUGCCUUGCUCGAUUCAAAGCGAUAAAGCAUGUUAUCUUAUUACUGCUUUUGAUGAAGUGAUAAUAAGAAAAGUUUACGCUAUAAAAGACAUAAUUUUACAAAACACACCGAUUGAAAUCACGCUUAACAAAAGCAUACUGAAGCUAUUGAUUAUAUGUGUGGUUGGUGUAAGGCCUUCAAUGCUGAAGUAUAUGAUACAGUCAUGCAAGUUGAACCUUUCUGCCGGGAUUGUUUACCAUCUUGCAAAAGUAACUUACCGUUUGUUAAAAGAAUUACAAGCUAAAACCAACAUACAAGCAAGCCAAGCGUAUGUAUGUCUGCUGUAUCUGGCACCGAGUAUAAGUAACAUCGAAGCGACAAAUUUGCUUCGUCUCUCCGUGACAUCAGAUCUUCUUGACUUCUCAAAAUGUCUGAUGAAACGAUACAAUAUCGAUUUCGAGGCUGUUGAUGAGGUAAAUGGUUGGAAUGUGUUCCAUUUGUGUGUUUCACAUCAACGUUCGCCUGAUGUAGAAGAAAUUGUUUAUAAUGGUAAUGAAUCGUUUAAUGUUAAUGAUGGUAAAACUGACUUUUUCCGUUACAUGUUAGAAAAUCAAAUAAACAUGGACUGUUUUGAUAAAUUCGAUCACAAAAACCGAAGCAUUCUUUACCUGGCAAUCGAAAACGAACAAGAUGAUAUUGUAACAUACAUACUCGCUAGAAAAUUAGGACUCAAUUCUUUCGAUGAAAUCAAUAAUCUAACAGUUGAUGCCAUCUCAAAUUUAACAUUCUGCUACCGUGCGAUUCACGAGAUAAUGAAAUCCGUCGGAGUGAAAUGGUUUUAUCGCGAUGUAAUUUGUAUUUUAGUCAAGCAAAUAGCUAAACUUUCAUUAAUCCAUCCACAAGAGACAAAUAGUAACCGUUUGUUUCUCGAAAAUGAUGCCAAAGAGUUGUACCAAAUAGCAAUGGAACGCAGAUCCUUAUUUUUGGUGUACUAUUUGCAACGUGAGUUUCCCUGGGCGAUUCCUGCAUGGGUUUAUGAUGCGCAUUGGUUAGCAUGUACAGCGAAGAGUCUGAAAUCAUCAGAUUUCUUUGAUGUCACCAAAUGGCUGGUUAAUGCCUACAAUGUAGAUGAGUAUGUUAAAUUUUAUAAUGUUGUUGAAAAAUGUGAUAUUGAAAAAUGUGACCUGAGCCUAAUAAAUUUAGAGGAAUUGGUAAAGCAAGUUGAUGCGAAUCUAUCGACCUAUCAGUCGGUGGAAGAUGCAUGUAAAAUGAAGCUUGUGGUUCUUGCUGUAUGCCUUAAUCGUGAGCCGGCCAUAAGGUUUUUAUUUAAAACAUUUAACGUUAACAUCGAUGUAAAAUGUCUGCUGGAUAUUAUGAAAAUUGCUCACCAUGCCACAGGUAGAUGUAAGUUCGAUGAGUUUGAUUUUGCUCCGAUUUAUAAAUACCUAUUUGAGCAAAUUGGCAAUCUUUAUGAAUUAGAUGCAGAGGGUAGAAAUGUGUUACAUAUUGCUGUAAAAUCGGGACCUAGCUGUAUGGCUAUGUACUUGAUUAAGCACUACAUGUUUAAUGUCAUGACUACCAAUGAGCAGAAUGGUUGGAAUAUCUUCCAUUACUGCGCUUCAAGAAAGGUUAGCUUAAGUGAGUGUUGCAACACUGAAAAUGAAAAUCUUUUGGCGUACAUAACAAAACGAGUGUUUGAGAUCACGUCUGAUGAUGAGGGUAGAAAUGUGAUGAACUACUUGGCAAACAACUUUGUACAAUUUAAUAAAAUGUUUGCGAUGGGGUGCACAACCGGAAGUCAGAUGAAUAAAAUCAAGGAACUUUGUUUCACCAGUAAUGACAGAAGAAAGAGUGCUAUCCACGUUGCUGUUGGAGCUGGGAACAUUGGGACUGUGGUUUACAUAAUUUGCUCACGACUUGGAGUUGUUACCCUUGGUAAUCAAAUUGAGGAUGUAUAUCAACUCGGUAUUAAUAGCAUACGCAACUAUAAAAUAAUGAGCUCAAACGAAUGCUCCCAGUUUAGAGAAUGCUAUGAAGCGGUUUAUCAAGCAACAGCUCAAUUUCCAUUUAAUGCAAAAUGCGACUACCUUUUACAUAGCUUAUGCAAAACGAUCUACAACUUCUCGCAACAAAACAUACUACAAAUAAUAAAACAAAAGAGCGUAGCAGAUCAUAUAAUUGAUGAUGCUUGUCUAACGGCAAUCAGGUAUAGAGAUGUCUCAACAUUAGAGCGUCUGAUCAUUGCGUAUCAGCACCAAAUACAUCAAUCAUUGGCUAGAAGCACUGGCACAGAAUUACUUGCCUGCAUGACGGAGUGCAUCAGACUAAACAGAAUCAGCAUUUUCAAAGUCCUCGUUAGUCAUUAUCGCAACAUACAAGGCAUUAAACCUGGUGUGGAAGUUCAGUAUGAAAAUGAUGAUGAAAAGGGGAAUGCUAAUAAUGAUGAAGCCAUGAUCGAUGAGCAUGUAAUACAAUGGUCUGUCUUCGAUCAAUCCACGGAUCAGGGCUAUCUUUCUUUACUUGCUCUGUCAGUGGCGUAUGGAAGGCUCUCGAUGGCACAAUAUUUGAAUGAAAUGCUUGAGCUAGCGGUAAACAAAUCAAUGAUUUUAUUAAUUAUGAAGUCUUUGCAUAAACUAUCGCUUUAUUUUAUUAAUUUGCAAAAAGUCGUGUCAGUAUAUGAGUACCUUGCAAGUAUAAGUGAAGGAAACCCAAAUUUAUUGCAUCUAUAUGUUCAAGCUAGGAUAUAUAAUAUUAUAAAAUACCUCUUAGAAGAUAAACACUAUCACCCGAAUGAAACAGACUUGGAGAGCGGAUGGAAUGCCGGACACUAUUGUGUGUCGGAACCAGCGAGUGACACCAACUCGACGGAUGCUGUAUUUAAAUUGAUAAUGAAAAAUACGAAUAUGGACUACUUAGGCGUUUACGAUAGAAAAGGUCGAAGUAUUUUACAUUUGGCACUGGAAAAUGGCUACACAGAUAUAGUAAAAUACUUAGUUAAUCACAAAUUGGGCAGGGAAGACGGUACGGAACCAUGGCAAGAGUGGGAUUUGAAGAAAAUAGAAGAAUACAUCAAAGAACUGAAACAAAUGAUGGCAUCGCUGCCGUCAAACGUGCCUUCUGUCUUACAGGUAAUGUAUGAGAGAAUAAAAGAUCGAAAAGUUGCUAUAACCACAUAUCAUCAAUUGAUGAAAUCGUAAUGAACGUGAGGUCUUCUUUGCUUUAUUUCUGUUAUCGUAGUUUUAAUUGUUAUUGAGGAAGAUAAGUUGUAUAGAAUGAACUUCUGCUAGCAGAUCUAAGUGGAAAAAAAAAAUAAAUUAAAGAUAGUUGAUCUAAAGGGUUUGUAACUUAAUAAAGUUAUA